UUGGAGGUAGAUGCCAGCCAUGGAGGGCUGGGAGCCGUACUUUCUCAGGAGCAUGAUAAACUCAGGCCUAUUGCGUAUGCUAGUCGGGGUUUGAGACCCACCGAAAGAAACAUGGACAAUUAUAGUUCCAUGAAGCUUGAACUCUUGGCAGUAACAGAAAAGUUUAGAGAGUACCUGCUAGGGAGUAAUUUCAUCAUAUUUACUGACAAUAACCCUUUAAGCCAUCUUCAGACCGCAAAGUUGGGGGCGGUGGAACAGAGGUGGGCAUCCCAAUUGGCCUCAUUUAAUUUUACCAUCAAGUAUCGUCCGGGCCGUAGUAAUGGCAAUGCUGAUGCUUUGUCGAGACAGUAUCUGGAGAGAUUUGCAUCAGGGACAGACGUUCCACCUGUUUUGGUGGGACCGUUAUCCAAGGGGUCAGAGAAAGAGGUAGGGUGUAAUGAGGUUGUAGCACUGGCUGGGCGGUCUGUGGAGGACCUUUCCUCAUUACAAGAAAUGGACCCUGUGAUUGGUCCGGUGUUGGCGUUAUUUCGGUCAGGGGGUCAGCCUAGAUCUGAAGAGAGAGAGGCAAUGUCAGUGGGAAGUAAGGAACUGUUACGACACUGGGAACGGUUGGUAGAGAAGGGAGGGGCAUUAUACCGGGUAAUACGAUUACCAGGGGAAUGUAAGGAUACCUUUCAGGUUGUACUUCCCCAGUGUUUGCAAGAAGAGGUACUUCGAAGUGUACAUGACGGCCAUGGCCAUCAAGGCAUUGAUCGUACUCUUCAGCUGGUUCGUAGCCGGUGUUUCUGGCCAGGUAUGACAAGGAGAGUGGAACAGUGGUGUCAACAAUGCGAAAGAUGUAUUCUAAGUAAGGCGGUGCAACCAAAGAUUUGGUCUUUUCAAGGUACAAUUCAAGCCUCCCGCCCUCAUGAGAUCCUGGCUAUAGAUUUCACCAUUUUAGAGCCAGCCAGCGAUGGUCGCGAAAAUAUUCUCGUUUUUACAGACGUUUUCUCUAAGUAUACUCAGGCAGUGGCUACUAGAGACCAAAAAGCUAGUACCGUGGCCCAGAUGUUGGUACAACAUUGGUUCCAUUGUUUUGGACCUCCAAGUCGAAUUCAUUCUGAUCAAGGGAGAAACUUUGAGAGUAUGAUAGUUCAGCAGUUAUGUAGAAACUAUGGGAUACAAAAAAGUAGAACCACUCCCUAUCACCCCCAGGGAAAUGGUCAAUGCGAACGAUUUAAUCGUACCCUCCAUGAUCUUUUACGAACGUUGCCACAGGAAAAAAAAAAUUGGCCUCGCCAUCUCUCACAAGUUACUUAUGCUUACAAUACCACUGCCCAUCAUGUUACUGGUAUGACUCCUUAUUAUUUGUUGUUUGGGUGUGAUCCCAAACUCCCCGUGGAUUUUUUGCUUGGAAGGAGCGAAGAUGGUAGUUUUAGUCCCACUGAAGAUUGGGUGCGAGACCAUCAAGAGAGUUUGAGAGUAGCCCAUGAUCAUGUAAAGCAGCAAUUGCAGGCUAAGGUAGAGAAGCGGAACCAAAGAUAUAAUGAGAAAGUAAAUGAUAGUGGUUUAGAAGAGGGGCAGUUUGUGCACUUGAGGAAUCAUGUAAAGGGGAGAAACAAAAUUCAGGAUUUUUGGGAUCCUUGCCUUUAUAGGGUUAUUCGAGGUCCCUCUGGAAAUGGGGCAGUUUACUCAGUGGUGCCGGUAUCGGGAGACGGUCCCAUUAGAACCAUACAUCGGUCUGAAUUAAGGAAUGCCAUACGUAGACCAAGCAUUGAAAUGCCUGACCCUCCAAUGGUACUGGAUCCUGAGGGCUCCCUUUCUGGUUUGUCGAGAUGUCUGGGGAUUCUUGGGUGGUUCUUUUGGAGGGUAGUUCAGACCACCCUGUCCAGUCAGAUGAGUUGAUGCCUUCUCUUUCUGGCUCUAAUGAUGCCAGGAAUGUAGGGCCGUUGCAAAGUUCUGUUCCUUUGCGACGGUCUGCUAGGGCUUCGACUGGCCAUCAUUCCAACCCUAACAGAUUACCACGUCCUCUGGGUGCAAGGAUGCCAAAUGUUGGGGAAGAGCAGUAGUAUUCUGUUUUUGUUUGUUUUUGUCCUUGGGGCAAUGACAAAAAUUGUAGGGGGUGGAUUGUAGCAAGAUAAGCAGGAGAAUGGGAGGGGAAUUGGGAAGUAACUACCAAUCCCAGUACAGAUUGCCUAUAGGAUGGUCCAAUUUAAAGGACAGGCAACAUGGAAGGGCAGCCGGGGUCCUUGCAGCAUCAGUUAGCCGUUUGGCUAGUAGCGUGUGGGACUGGGUGUCCUGUGAUGUACUCUUCCUCGAUGGAAGGUAAACCUGUUUUUUUGUUGUAUUACUGCAAUGGAUGUUUUUAUUGUGUUGAUGCAGUCACUAACUAUAGAUUUAAUAAUUCUUUUAGAUGAAUCAGUGGUAUUUGAAUCCAUUAUGUGUCAUGUGGGCAUGAGGUGGUAAUUGUGUUAAUAGGGAUAUUUUACUAUGUUUUAGAACUGUUUGCCUGAUGGAAUAAAUUCAGGACCAUCAUGUUUUUUGUCUGAUUGUGCACCUUAAAGGUAUGGUUAUUCAUUUUGAGUUUGUUUGUUUGUUUGUGAUGUGGAUGGGACUGACACUCAUGAAAAAUACUCAAUUUUUAGAACUGUUUGCCUAAUGGAAUAAAUUCAAGACCAUCAUGUAUUUUUCCGGUUGUGCACCUUCAAGGGUGUUGGAUGUUGAUUGCUAGUCGCUGUUCUCUUAUAUGGUUUUUUGUUUAUUUUUGAAAAAAGCCUGAAGUUGACUGCUCCCUGACUUAUUGGUGGCAAUGAAUUUCCUAGCCAGCUUGGUUUGUUUGUUUUUUUUCUCUGUUUAAAGUAUUGAUUGAUUUUGUUUUUUUUGCGGCUGGUUAGUGGAAUUAUUUAUUUAUGUUUCCAUUUUUUUUUUCUUUCUUUCUUUGAAUCAAUUAUGUAAUACCAACUGCUUUCCAUCCUUGAUUAAGCUGCCAGGGGGUAGUUUUCCAUCGUGAUCGGGUGGUGAACUGGGAGUACAGAUUAACAGAGCCCUUAUAGGUCUGGUGGUUUGAUUUGUGUGUUUGCCACAUUGUGCACAUGUAUCCUGUUGUAAUGAAGGGCUUACUGGAGUUUGCUGUGGUUAUCACUCAAUGCAAUGAAGUGUCCCCUGUAAAGGUAACUCAAGUUGUUUUGUAUUCCUAGCCAGACCAAUUGAGAAAUUGCUGCCCCCAUCCGCUGAAGCAGUUUAUGUUUUGAAUAAUUUUACAGUACUGCUUAAUAAAGAAAUUUGUAUUUUUUUAUAA